CACAGAAUCCGGAAGUGCGAGUGGAUCAUCACCGACACACAAACACGCUUCUGAAGCUCAGCUUCACACACACACACACACACACUCCACACAACCUGUUAUUUUGCGCCGAUGUGGAUUUUUUGAUGACCUGCUGAGGCGCGCAGCCGAACCCUGAACACACACAUCAAGAGGACGCGCUCGGCCGAACAGGAUCAUGGGUCAACAUCUGGGAAAACCGCUGUCCGUGUCCAAGGGAUCCUCCACCGGAUCUGAUCAGAUGUCAGCAGAGUCACCGGAGGCACAGGACGAGGUGUUUGGAGAGGGAGAGGCGGACCUGAACCAGAACAAUGGCUCUUCCAGCAAGAGUCUGAGCGAGUCCACGCCGGAGCAGUCGAGCGGCACGACCCCUGACCCCGACGGGCCCCGCCCACACCUGACCCGCCUGUUCUCUCGGGACGCCCCGGGGCGAGAGGACAACACCUUCACGGACCGGCCCUCGGAGUCGGACGAGCUGCAGACCAUCCAGGAGGACCUCGAGUAGAGCUCUCUCGCCCGCCUCGCUUCCCUCAGACACUCAUGGCAUCCGCUAGCUCCUCGCAGUCCACCCUCCGGCUGGGCCGCAGCAAGAAGAGCCCCACCGUCAUGGACCAGCUCGGAAAGUUCUUCGGGGGGGAGAAGAAGAAGAAGGGAAAGGUGAGGAUUGGGCUUUCUGCUGGACCUGACUGUAAUCUUUCAUCUCAUACAUCCCGAGUAAAGCUGCGGCUCGGGGGGUUGUGGGGUUUUGCUGUGGUUCAACGAUCGUGAGAAUUAUGUUUAUAAACGUGACUUUUUGCUUUUAUAAGAUUUUCAGAUAUUUGAAAUGCCUGUACAGAACAAAAUCGAGUGUUUGUCCAAUCUUCACUGACAGUAUAGUUCAGCACAGACGGUACAGUGUGUGUGUGUGUGUGUGUGUGAGCUCUUCAGACAGUAUAUCACACGAGCGAGCGCUGAGUGUGUGUUUUAUAUCCGCAUUAGGAUCCAGUCUAACGCCUCAGGGUUUUCCACGGUACUGACGGAGGCUUGCUUUCAAAAAUGGAAAUGAUUUUUUAUGCUUGUGCAUUUAUGCAAUUUCUAAAGCCUUAACUUUUAAGACCACACAAGAGGGAGGUGAAUAUUUUUUUCUUCUGAAAUUCACAGAUAUUUAAUCCGUUAGAGUGUGAAACGAGAUCUCCUCGUGUGUGUGUGUGUGUGUAAGUCCUUGUGUUUAAAGUGCCAAACGCUGGUCAGAAGCGGCUGUGCCUGACGUGAUUAUGAUUAUGAUUAUGAUUAUGCUCGUGAGAGUGUGUGUUCCUGCUGUAUAAUAGUGUUGUCCGUCGAUCACGCCUCAGGGAACUGGUCUGUAACAGUAAGUGUGUGUGUGAACGCACCUGUAACCCCUAAACACUGUGUGUAUCUGUAACCCUGACGCUGUUCCUGUCUUCAGCUUUUUCACAUUUGCUUGAUUAAAGUGUAUCUAACAUCAUCAA